GCAUAGGGCGGGAGAUGCGAAUAAUUUUAUACGGUUCUCUAAAGUUCCGCUAACGGCACUUAUACGGAUACGGCUUGCCGGGACUGCAUAGGGCGGGAGAUGCAAUACGGACUAUUGUGGGUGAUAGAAAAUUCAUCAACUCUUAAUAUUGUAUUUUACAUCAUUCUUUCUCUCUUUUUUUUUCGUUUUUUCUUCUCUAAAUUUUCUUCUCUCUUUUUUUAGUAUUAUCAUUAGGACAUAUGACUUUGCAUACGGUCUUCCUACCUAUCGAACUCGUUCUCUGUGAGCCAUUAGCACAUGCUACUGUGCUUAAAAUCGAUUGGGAAACUGUAUUGAUCUGAGAAUGUAUACACUGCUUCAUUCAGUAAUGAGCCAUGCUUAUUUAUACAUAUAACACUACGUGCAAAGACGUCGUUAAAAGGAGUUCUAGAAAGUGUCAUUUCUAACAACUUGGUAGACAAGUUUAAUCAAUGAGUUUGUUUAUGUUAAUCGCAGUACUGGGGAUAAAUAUGUGGAAUUAUCUGGUAUAUUCUAAACGGGAGUGCAUCUUGCUUUAGUGCCGUAACUUUCCCUAUGGUUAAAGAUGUCAACGAACAAAGCUUUAUUAAACGGAGGAAUGGACGUAAAACGAGAGAACGGAGGACCAAAUCAUUUUUCCGCACACGGAACUACAGUGCACGAGAAAAAUGAUGACAAAGGAUGUUGUGGUUGCACGUGCUUACAGAAAAUAAGCAAUUCCAUUGUUGGUGGAUUAGAAAAAUCGUUUUACAGACUUGGGAAAUUGGUUGCAAGGAAUCCAUGGAAGACAAUUUUCGCAUGCAUGUUGGUGUGUGGUAUUGCUGGGGUUGGGCUGAUGAGAUGGCACGAAGAGACAGAAUAUGUCAAGGUAUGGUUGCCACGUGGAUCAAGAAUGUAUGAAGAAGAUUUAUGGGUGAAAGAGAAUUUUCCAGAAAGAAUACGGUAUGAGGCUGUUAUAGUGGAAGAUGAAAAUGUCCUGAGUCCUCAGACCCUGAACGCUAUGUAUGAUAUAUUUAAAACAGCUCAAAAUUUUAAAAGUGAUGAUGACGCAACUUUGGAUAAUCUUUGUAUAAAGGCAGGUCCUAUAUGCAGAGUAAACAGUAUUUUAGAAUUAUGGGGCUACAACGAAUCAGUAAUAAGAAGUCUGACAGAGGAAUCUAUAUACGGAACAGUGAACCAAGAUGUUAUACAAAGCCCUCUGUAUCGUAAUGUAAUGGACCUGGACAAAAUUCUGGGCGGGGUUCAACGCGACAACGAAAGUAGAAUUACAGGUGCUCGUGCAACCACGUUCUUCUGGUUUCUCAAACGAAAUGAAUCUUCAAGGGCUGCAGCUGAAUCCUGGGAGAAGCAGCUAAUAAAUCUUAUUAAUGAUGUCGGCCAUAAACAUAUAGACAAACUUUAUAUAUAUACAGCUAGAACUUUUGAUGAUGUUAUUUCUGGAGCAGCAUCACAUGAUGUGGGACUACUAACUAUAGGCUUUGCCUUUGUUUAUUUGUUUUUAACAUUUAGCAUCGGCAAUUAUAGCCUCCUAGAGCAUAAGAUAUUUCUAGCAAUGUCCGGGUUGUUAAGUAUAGGGAUGGCCAUUAUAUUCACGUACGGUGUUGGUUUGGGAACCGGAAUCAUGUUCGGUCCAAUCCAUCAAAUAACACCUUUCAUGCUGCUAGGGAUUGGUGUAGAUGACAUGUUUGUGAUUGUCGAAUCUUUGCGACAACUCACGCCGAAAGAAAGACAAUUGCCAGUACAAGAAAGGAUUGGACUGACGCUAAAACACGCUGGAGUUUCUAUUACCGUUACUUCAGUCACAGACAUAGUGGCCUUUGGAAUCGGCGGAUCUACGGUGAUUCCAUCACUAAGCACAUUCUGUCUUUAUGCAGCUAUAGGCGUUUUAGCUUUAUACAUAUUGCAAGCUACGUUCUUUGUGGCAUGUGUAACGUUAGAUGAGAAACGAAUAGAUUCAAAGAGGAAUGCCUGUAUUAUGUGUUACAAACAUGACGACAAUUACAAACCUGGAAAAUAUUACAGCUUCAGCCUACAGUAUGCAUUUAUGAGAAACAUUUGGGGUCCACUUCUUACAAAGAUUCCAGUGAAGGUGAUUGUCAUAUUGGCCGCGUUUGCCAUGACUGGUGUAAAUAUUUGGAGUUUUAUCAGAAUAAAACACGACUUUGAUCCUAGCAUGUACCUGCCAAAAGAUUCCUACUCCCAGAAAUAUGUAGAGGCAGACAGAAAUUACUUCCCGAACGAUGGAGCAUUUGUGCAGAUGUAUUGUGGAAAAUUAGAUUACAAUCAGAAUUUCGACCGAUUGUUUGAACUGUACCAUCUCAUCAAGGACAAACCAUCGGUCCAGUCAACAACAGUAGAUUUCUGGUUGGCCAGUUUUGUGAAAUGGCAAAAUGAAACUUCUAAUGUCGCAAUUUCUCACGCAAUGACAAACUUGUCACAAGAUAUAUCAGUUGUACCUUACCAGCAGGAUUGGUUAAGCCAGUUGAUGCAAUUCCUGAUGACAAAGGAUGGAAGAGUUUAUUUGAGAAAUAUAAAGUUUGAUAAUGUUACUAGUCCUACAAAAAUAACGGGCUCUGUUUUAACAUUCCGUCACGUGAAGUGUACCACAUCUAUCUGCAAUAUCAAAGCCAUGGAUGAUAUGAGAGACCUCGUGGAUGGCUACAGCCUUCCUGGUGGGGGCACCUGUUUUGUCUACUCAAAUCCGCAGUACAUGUUCAACGAAACUAAUAAGGUAUUGAAGCUAGAGUUGUACCGGAACCUCGCCCUAGCCGCAGUUUGUGUAUUUGUUGUGACCUUGAUUCUAAUCGCCAACUUCUGGACCAGUCUUCUUGUGUUCUUUUGUGUCGUCUGCACAGUUAUUGAUGUCGCUGGCACCAUGCAAUUCUGGGAUAUUUCUGUUGAUACAGCAUCCAGUGUUCUGCUGAUCCUUUGCUUUGGACUUGCUGUCGACUACUCAGCUCAUAUUGGACACUCGUUUAUGACUCAUACUGGAAAUAAGAAUGAGCGAACUCGGAAGACAUUGGUAAGUAUGGGACCAGCUGUGUUUAGUGGAGGAUUUAGUACGUUCCUUGCCUUCUUACUUCUAGUCAACAGUAUCAGCUAUGGUUUCACACUUUUCUUUAGGAUAUUUACAUCGGUUGUGAUAUUUGGUCUGUUUCAUGGAUUAGUUUUCCUUCCUGUGAUACUCAGUUUGAUAGGCCCUGAGCCAUAUAAUACAAACUUCUUGUCAGAAACAGACAAAUUAGAAGCCAAAUAUUUAGAAGCAGCUGACAUAGCAAUAAAUGUACACAAUAGUGAUAUGGGUGAUAUACAAAUGACAGAACUGCAUCCAUUAAAGAAAACAGCAAAUGGCAGUAUAAAAGACGAUAGUUUAUUCUGGAAGGAGUUUGAUAGCGCUCUUCCGGGAAACAACUAUGACCAGUGCAAUAGUUUACCUAACAGUCAAGGGGUAUUAGACAUUGCGGUUAACAACGAACAUAACCCGAGGUACUCGGGGUCGUAUUAUGAACAAAUGUCCAAUGGCUCACUGGUGCAGAUUCCAUUUCCCGAGCCCCAUGUACCAUACACGAAGACUGACAAUGUAUAACAGCCUUCAGAGUUGAACUCAUAUUUUUGUUAUUUAUUAAAUUGUGCAAUCAAAAUGCUGCAAGCAUGCACAGCCCUUUGAACAAUAAAUACAUACAAAAGCUGGUGCAAUUACCAAGUUUCCUAUUUGUUUAAUGAGUAUAUGUAAAUCUUGUUAUCUUUUAGUUGAGCAACACUCCAAACUCGUGAAAUGAGGUAAUUAGAAACAUGUAAACCUCGUGUUAAGGUAAUUGUUCAAAGAGCAUCUUGUAAAUCUUGUUAACUGUUAAUCGAGCAACUCCUACAAACUCGUAAAGUGAAGUAAUUAGUAACGUGUAACAGUCAUGUAAUAAGAUAAUUGUUCAAUGAGCAACAUGUAAUCAUUGCUAUCUUUUGAUAGAGCAACACUCGUAAAGUGAAGUAAUUAGUAACAUGUAAAGUGCAAGUAAUAAGACUUUUUUUUUUUCAGUGAGCAACAUGGAAAUCUUCUUAAGCUUCAAUAAGCUUAUCGUUAUAUUUACACACACACCACUCAAAACUUGUGUUGUAAUGUCAUUGAACAAGACAUUCUAGACUAGAGUCAUAAUAAACUAUAUGUUCUGUUCUUUUCAUUCAUUAUUUCAACUAAACUGUACGACGAUCAGCAUGUAAAAUUUGCGAAAUAUGUUAAAGAAGCUCUUUGAUCAGUGUAAAACACGUGAAACUCAUGCACCUCUUUGUUCAACCAGCCAGUUGCAAAACUCUUGUGAUAAAUUUUGUUCAUUUUUUUUGAUGUUUUGCAUAAAAUAAUAUUCAAUGCUGUACAAGUAUUUUAUUAUUUACUGUGAAUGUUACUCUUAAAGUGUUUCCUGUAAACGUUUUGAUGAUGCAUGGCUGCAUGCGGAGACUGUGGCCGCUGAUCACGCCUCUCCACUGGGAUACUACUGUGCAAAAUUACACUACUUUUUGUCAAUCGUCUGAGAUUUUACUUUAACAUUAUAUAACUUUCAUAUAAAUUGUUCAUCAACUUUUUAUAGAUGUAGCUAAAACGUAGAUAUUAUAUUUAUUUUUCGUACUACUUAAUCAACAUGCAGAACCAAUGCAAAGUAUUGUGGAUGCUAUAUAGGUGCAUUCAGCAUUUGUGAGAAUAUCACACAUGACUUUCUUGGUGUUAUGAUUCUGUAAUGAUAUAAAUUAAAAGAUUCAUGAAUGAAUGAUUAGAUAAUAAUUGUGAUAUUGUACUAUUUAUUAUGUAUCGAUUGUUACGUCUAUUUUCAAUGUUUUGAAUUGUUAUAAACUGUUGUAUUUAAAUACAAAAUAAAAUGAAAAUACGAAUUAG